GAGGGAUGGCGUGGAGAAGGAGGGAUGCGUGGAUGGCACGGUCACAGUCACAGCGCUGAGGAGGAGGCGAGGGCGGAGUUUUCCCUCCAAGAUGAGGCCAACUAAAACAAAAAUUGGUUGCCGGCGCAUGUUCUGUAGACUCCACACAGCCACACACCUAAACACAGAGAGAGAGAGAGAGAGGGAGGAGAGAGAGACGGAGAGAGGGAGGGAGGUGAUGAGGAGCGGCUUUUCUUCCUUCAUGUCAUCUCACCUCCGUCUGUGAAGCUCGUGUGAUCUGUUUCUUUCAGCCGCAGCUGCUGCUUGUGUCUGUGUGUGUGUGUGUGUUUGUUUUCCCCCAAUACAUUUCAUUUUAAUAUUCCCGUCUUUGUAUCCAUCUCCACCACCGUUAUCAUCUUCAUCAUCAUCAUCAUCAUCAUCAUCAUCAUCAUCAUCACCACCACAGUCAGCAUCAGCAUCAACAUCUGUAACCAUGUCGGACUCUGAGGACAUGACGGAGUUCGCCAGCAUCGUGGAGAGGAUCGAGCGAGGCGAGAUGCGGCGAAGCAGCAGCGGCACGACCGCGGUCCCGAUCAAAAACAUAGAGCGGGAGCUGAUCUGCCCGAUCUGCAAGGAGCUCUUCACUCACCCGCUGAUCCUGCCCUGUCAGCACAGCAUCUGCCACAAGUGUGUCAGGGAGCUGCUGAUGCUGAACCCUGACGACUCUUUUGACGCUGGUUCGGAGUGUUCAUUACCGGGCAGCCCCCGGUCCAGGGUUCCCUCCCCCUCUAUGGAGAGGUUAGACAGGCUUGUGCGAUCAGGUCCUCGGAAUCGGAGCGGAAAUUCUGGCUUGAAAACUGAGAUAAAUCCAGCACUCCUCGGUUCCCCUGUCCCUCAGAAACGCUCCAUCUCAUCCCCAGGGUGGCGCAGAGGCUCUGUGACCCCUCGAAUCACCACCAUCCAUUGCCCGGGCUGCCAGCAUGACAUCGAUCUCGGCGAGCGCGGCAUCAGCAUGUUGUUCCGUAACUUCACCCUGGAGAGCAUCGUCGAGCGCUACCGCCAAGCGGCCCGCGCAGCCGUGGCUAUCAUGUGUAACAUCUGCAAGCCUCCGCAAGUGCAGGAGGCAACGAAGAGCUGUAUGGACUGCAAGGCUAGCUACUGUAACGAGUGCUUCAAGCUGCACCACCCAUGGGGAACCCCCAAAGCUCAGCACGAGUAUGUUGGUCCCACAACAAACUUUAGGCCCAAGGUGCUCAUGUGUCCGGAGCACGAGAUGGAGAAGGUGAACAUGUACUGUGAGGUCUGCAGACGGCCCGUGUGUCACCUGUGCAAGCUGGGAGGAUCUCAUGCCAACCACAAGGUCACCUCCAUGAGCAGUGCCUACAAGAUUCUCAAGGAGAAGCUUGCCAAGAGUAUCCAUUUCCUCAUCAGCAAAGAGGACCAGGUCAGGACUCAGAUUACUGAUCUUGAGCAUCUCAUCAAUCAGACCGAGGAAAACGGCCAGCUAGCAGAGCGUGAAGCUAAUGAGCACUUUGAGCGUCUGUUUGAGACUCUGCAGGAGAGGAAGUCUGAGAUGCUGAGAUCCAUCGAACAGUCUCGUAACCGGCGCCUGAACCACCUCAAGGGCCAGGUGGAGGAGUACCAGGGCAUGUUGGAGAGCAGCGGACUAGUUGGCUACGCACAAGAGGUGCUGAAAGAGACUGACCAGUCCUGCUUUGUUCAGACUGCAAAGCAGCUCCAUGUCAGGAUCCAGAAGGCCACAGAGUCUCUGAGGACCUUCCACCCUGCAGCCGACCCCUGCUUUGAUGAGUUUGUGUUGGACACGUCUAAAGAGGAAACUCUGCUCAAGGAGAUGUGCUUUGGUGGAGUUCCGGACCCUCCGUUGAUUGACCUGUCCCACAGUAGAGUCUAUAAUGAGGCCUCAAUCUCCUGGAGGCUUUCUGACGAUCACUUGCCAACUGAUCACCAUGUGGUCGAGUACCGCAGACUCGGGGCCCCGAGCCCGUCUCCAUCCCAGGAGGACGUUGACGAUAGUAGUGUCUGGAGGGCUACAGACAGGGUCUAUGGCCCCAGCACUGUUGUGAGCGACCUGGAGCCCAACACCUUGUACUCUUUCAGGGUCCGAAGCUGCAGGAACUCAAUGUUUAGUCCCUACAGCCCUGAAGUGACUCUCCACACACCCCCUGCACCCGCUUUUGGUUUCCUGUUCAGCGACAAGUGUGGCUUCAACUUAGAACGGCUCGCCCUGAACAAGCGGCGGGACACUGUGGAGAGUGUCGCCGGCAUGGCUUUCCUGCUCGCAGCUGAGCGCGUGCAGACGGGCAGUUAUAUCGGUCUCGACUACAUAAUCGGGGACACGGGGAUUUCUCAGGGAAGACACUAUUGGUCAUUCAAGGUGGAACCGUACUCCUACUUGGUUAAAGUUGGAGUGGCCUCUGACUCGAAGCUGCUCGAAUGGUUUCACAAUCCCAGAGACACUAGCAGCCCAAGAUACGACCACGAUAGUGGGCACGACAGUGGCAGUGAGGACACGUGCUACGAGCUCUCCCAGCCCUUCACCCUCCUCACCCUGGGCAUGGGCAAACUCUUCAUCCCAAAGUCGUCUUCGCUGUCCUCCGUUUCAUCAGCGAAUGCAUCUUCCGCCGCUGACCCCGGCAAUCGCGUGCUUCCCAUGCCGCAGCGUCUGGGAAUAUGCCUCGACUACGAGGCGUGCCGCGUGUAUUUCUACGACGCCGACACCAUGAGGUGCCUUUACGAGAGGCAGGUGGAUUGUUCGGGGACCAUGUAUCCAGCCUUUGGCCUCAUGGGCAGCGGCAAGGUUCAACUGGAGGAGUUCAUCGCUGCGAAGAAACUGACCUUCUGAGGAGGGGAUAGGGAGCACUGUUGACGCUUUAAGACCUGAAUCAGUUUAAUGUUUGGCAUGUUCUCGGAAGAGCAGGUUUUGUUGAUGACUGAUUAAUGUCCAACUCAUUUAUUUGAAGGUCAGAUGAAGCAGAUGCGAUCCAGGGCCUUUGGUCCUUAAUGUGAACGUGUGAUCUCUGCCUGUUUUAUUUAGACUGUUCAGCCAUGGCAUUUUAAAUGUAUGACCCACAUAUAAUAUGGUCGACACAGAGUAUCAGUGUCCACAUACAAUGGUCUUGAGAAGUUGGUAUAAAUGGGAAAGGUCCUCUCUACAUACCAAAGUCUCUGUAUCUGUCAGUGGUUGGUUUUUAGAUGUGGUGGAGUUGGUUACAAUGUUAGUCUGCAACCACUUUAAGAAUCUUUGGUUUUAACCUAAAACAACAUUUGAGCUCACACUAGUCUUUUGCCAGGUUUAUGUUGAUGGUAUGUAUAAAUUAGUAAGUAAUGGUUCCUCAAGCGCAUUUCUAUAUUCUUAGUCUGAGCGUAGCAGCAUAUGUUUACAUGUGAUGAUCCUUGUGGACCUGAGGGAGCCUUGUAGCUACUUUUUACAGCGAGUGCCUUUCUGCCUUUUUUUUUAGUUGGUCACUUGGUAUGUUCUGGUGUCGCUGCACAAGCGUCAUAGAAAUAAUUAGCAGCACAUUUACUGUGUGACUUGUAUAGUUUGAUUAGACACUGGUGUCAACGUUUAAAGGGGUUAUUUGUUAUGAUUUCAAAUUCACUCUUGACUUUAUCACAUAACACUACUUUUCCUUCUUGUCACAAUUAUGUUCAGCAGUUUUUGCACAACAGGACGAUGGAUGCCUCACACUCGAUCACCUUUACACCCAUCACAUAUAAGGUCACUACCUUUUUAGCGUCUCACUGAUGUCACACUAUGUGAAGUGUUCACCAUCACGAGCAUGAACAUGAAUCCUCGAGCAGCGACUUUGGAUUUACAAGCCUUUUGCCGUUUGCACUCUUAUGGUAUCGGUUGCACUGAAUGUGAUUUUCUUAAUUUUUUUUUUAACAUCAUUAAAACCAGCAGGUACCGGAAUAUUGUGUACUUGUGGUCAACAGCGCGUUGACGGCUGCAAAGUUAAUGACAUCCAAAUCUUGUUGGCUCUGGUGCUGAUUUAAAAUGUAACACACAGCCUUUUAAACUGUUCAGGUUCUUACAAAAAGUGCUACCACAACACACUGUUCGCUGUAUCUUCGGUCCAUUUGCAGUGCAGACACACUAAGUGCAUCUUGCUGGUGAGUUUGGCUUUGACUAAAGCAGCUUGGAUAUAGAGGUUUCACUAAACAGACUCACUAUUCACUUGGCAACCACACUUUGUUUUUGUAUUGACGUAUACGUGCCUGCAUAGUGGUUUACGUGUACAUUCACGUGUAUGUUUUCAUUUCUGGAAGGUUAGGGUAAGUGGUGUGCAUGUGUUUUCUCAGGUUUCUGGUCCUGAUCGGGGCCCCAAUACUACCUACCUCUAUCUGUCAGGCCUGGAAAACCUUAACUACUGUACCUUUCCUCUCAGAAGUUUGAUUUGAUUUGCGGCUUUGUCUGUAAUAGUCCCAAGUUCAAUAUUUCUGCCUUUCGCUUUAAUAUCAAAUCAUAAGCUGAUCCUUUUCAAAAAUGUUUUUUAACUUACAUGUACAUAUUAAUCCAAAGUAUAUAAUAUUUUAGCGAAAUAAAGUACAUCUUCAAUAUUCAUGUUCAUUAGGUUGAUGUCGAGAUGUGUAUCACUGUUGGUGGAAAGUACUGUAAGCAGAUUUUGCCUCUUGUCAAGGGAGUGUUUUUCAAAGGGUACUAACAAUCUUUUCCUCCUUUUUUGUGGCAGUGGUUUGCAUAGUGGGAUUAAGUAUUUUGUUUGUUUAUGGGGUCUUGGAACGGUUAUUUUUGUUUUUGGUUAAAAACGCUCCAUAAAUACACGUUCUUGUAUUUAACUGGAGAAAACGUGACGUACUGGGUUUUUUGUGGCAGUGUGUAUAUUUUGUCUAACGUGUUGCUGCGUGUUAUUUUCACCCCAAUGCUUACAGAAUGUACUCCUGACAAAGGUUUUUCUUAGUUUGUUCCACAUGGGGUAAAGAGCACAUGUUACAUGUAGUUACAGAACACAUUUAAAGGCUUGUAAUCUCAACUGCUUUUCAUCAGUCAUAGAUUUACGAUCAACUAUUUUGCAGGCUUGCCGACAAACUAAAUCCAAGCUAGCACUUUUAAAAAUCUGUAGCAUGUCAGCAACUAUGUGGCUCUGCGCCAGUCUAUAGUAAAUGUAUGUGUGUGUGUGCAAUAUUAUCAAAGAGGCUGUAGAAACAGAGGAAAAGGGUGUAGACAGGCAUUUGCCUGCCAAAACUAUUUGCACUGAUAAUCGUUUGUGGUUUUCAAUUAGACUUUUAAACACUACUUGAUUUGUCUUCCUUUGUUCUCAGUAACGGUAGAUUUUUUUUUUUUUUUCCAGAGCUUUAAAUUAGUGCAUUUUGUCAGUUUUCGUUCUCUCCUGAUUGAUUGGAUGUGGUGUGUAAAUGGUAGACUUCUGUGCGUGUAGUAUGUAAAGAUGGAAAUGCUCUAGUUUGCUCCGAUUCCUGGAAAUGCUGUACUAAUUUUUCUGUGUGGGAAUGUCCUCAAAUAAAACUGGCGUGUUUUCAAAACUC